UUGAAAGAGUAUUUAAACUCGAAAGAAGGGUUGACGAACUUGAUGCUCAUGGAAGAAGGGUUGACGAACUUAACGCUCGUGGAAGAAGGGUUCACGAACUUGACGCUCGUGAAAGGGUUGACGAACUUGUAGCUAACAAGAAGUUAAGAACCGAUAAUUUUGAAGUUGUCUAA